AGAAAAAAUUCUUCUCAUGAAACCAACCCCUCUCCUAGCCGCGAUAGCCUUGCUUUCCACCACCUCGCAUGCAAAAACUUGGUUGCUACCUAUUCCACAAUCCGUUGAAUGGACAGGAUAUCAGCUUCAGCUUGACCCUGACUUUCAUAUAGAAGGGGCAUCCAAUCUCUAUGUACAUGAAGCCGCUCAGCGAUACCAUAAGCUCAUUACAAAGGAGCGAUGGAUUCCAUACCAAAAGAAUAUCACCGAAAUAACACCGUUGAAAAAUAGACAAGACACCUUGAAGACUUUGCAGAUCUCCGUAGAAGAUGCUCAUGCCAAGCUCGACUUCGGUAUCAACGAAGCUUACAACCUUACCAUACCAGAUAGCGGAGGCAAAGCAACGCUUGAUGCCGCUACGUGGGUAGGGGCUUUAAGAGGAUUGGAAACGUUUUCCCAACUCAUCAUUGAGGACGAGGGUACCUUGGUUGCGCACAGCUCCAAAAUUCAGGAUGAACCGACAUACCCACAUAGAGGAAUCAUGUUGGACACGUCUAGAAAUUUUUACAGCGUUGAAAGUAUUCUCCGUACCUUGGAUGCCAUGUCAUACAACAAAUUGAAUGUCUUCCACUGGCAUAUCACCGAUUCUCAAUCAUGGCCAUUACACCUAGAGAUGCACCCUGAGCUUGCUCAAAAGGGUGCAUACUCGCCCAGCCAAAUCUAUACAACCGCCGAUAUGCGUAGGAUCGUUCAGCACGCACAGUCUCGCGGCAUACGUGUUAUUCCUGAAAUCGAUAUGCCUUCUCACACAGCUUCCAUUGCUGAGUCACACCCACAUCUAGUGGCAUGUGUAAACAAAGACUGGGAAGUAUAUGGAGCCGAACCAGCACCAGGAGCUUUGGAUCCUACCAAGAACGAGACCUACGCAUUGAUUGAGGAUAUCGUGUCAGAAUUAGCGGACAUUUUUCCAGACAGCUUCUUUCAUGCUGGAGGGGAUGAAGUCAAUUCUCAUUGCUGGGCUGAUGAUGAAACCAUCGGUCCUUAUAUGAAGGAGCAUGGGCUCACCACAGACCAGUUAUGGGCCCAGUUUGAAGACAAGGUUGGAAGUAUUGUAGAGCAGAACCAUAAGCGGGCUAUGAUUUGGGAAGAUGCUAUCGUAGUUGCCAAAGCGGAUUUGAGUAAAAAUGUAGCGGUACAAGUAUGGACCACUACUCCUGAGAAUAUCAUCAAACUCGGCCAUGAUAUCAUUCACAGUUCCAGCGACUAUUUUUACCUCGAUUGUGGAGGUGGUGGCUGGGUUCAGAACGAUCAACGCUAUAUAUCACCGGAUCAAAAGGCAACACCAGGCGACACCUUCAAUUACGGUGGUACGGGUGGUUCAUGGUGUGCUCCCUAUAAGACUUGGCAACGAAUCUAUUCCUUCGACAUGACGAAAGGGAUCAAAAAGCAGUCUGGCCAUGGUCAAGUUCUUGGUGGUGAGGUUGCCCUAUGGUCUGAGCAGUCGGAUGAAACUGUGUUAGAUGCAAAGCUUUGGCCUCGUUCUUCCGCAGCAGCCGAAAUAUUUUGGUCUGGCAGUUACGACAAGAGUGGAAAACGAAGAGUUCUUAGUGAAGUUUGGCCGAGAAUGAAUGACUGGAGGUUCCGUUUACUUAAACGUGGAAUAGGAGCGAUACCGAUCGUGCCUCAGUGGUGUCUGUCGGCUGGAACCAGCUGCCUUAUCUAGUCCAUAGGUGCUCUACACAGUUCUGAUUCAAUAAGCGUAGCGAAAUAAUAGCAAAAGAAAUAUUGACCUAAUUAUCAGAGGUGAAACCGUCUGCCGUUUAUUUAGAACAGGCUCUCAGUAAUAGGAUAUAAAAGUUACUCCGUUAU